ACUCUUCAAGUAUCACAAAAAUAUCUCAAAUACUUUAGACCUUUUUUUUUGUAUAACGUUGAUUUGUUAUUAUGAAGUUGUGUAAUGGUCUCGCUUGUACGCCAUGUGACUGGCACUGACCAAUUGCCCUUGAGUCAUAAUUAAAACACAGCUGAAGAAGCAGCAAUGAGCAAAUAUGUGAUCAAUUUAAUAAAGACGACGUCCAUGGUGUGCGUUGGAAACUUAUUUUCGUGACAGAAGAAGGGUUUAUUUUUGUUGCUGAGGGCUUGAACAGUGUGACUUCGCUCUGAGACUGGUCUGUGCACUUCUUUCAAUACCCCAUGGUGCUGGCCAUUGUUUAGUGGAAUGAGAUCAGGCCUCUCCUCGGUAUCCAGAGAAAGUAUUCAUCUGGGCUCUGUCCAUCCUUCUCCAAGCUGUGCCCAGAGUGGACUGUAUGGGAUCUGUGCACUGUGAAUGAGGAAUUGAAGUGAUGACAGGCAACAGCUGCUGCAGACUUUGCAGCAGGGGCUUGUAUAGCUGCCACUGGAUUGGCUUGAGUGAAAAUAGGAGUAAACAUGCAUGCUCCUGGUUUACCUUUGUCACUCUGGUCUCCCUACUUUCUCUGUGCUGGAUGUAUAUUUGUGUGGUUACCUUUAACGACCAAGAUGAUAUUAACUGGCAGGGAUUCACAAAACUAAAGUGGUGGGUGAACUGGUUCAUGGUGGGGAUCAUCACUUCUGCAGUGUUAGCCAGCUACUGCAUUCUGCUCCUGCUCUUUGCGCUGUUUCAAGUUGCCUUAGGAGAACAACUCCACUUACACUGGCUGCACAAGAUCUUUUUGUUUUUUGGUGUGAUAUUCAUUGCUUCCGGGGUCACAGGAAUUAGCCUCGGGUGGCAACAAGAGUGGCCGAUUGUUCCUCUGUCACUCCAGGCCACUGCUCCUUUCUUGCAGUUUGGUGCUGUUGGAGCCUUGACGCUGCUGAGCCCUUUUGUCUUCCAAAGAUUCCACAAGGCCAAACAAGGGUCUCGGCGCCUUAUUGCAGUGGCCUUUAUAGCCGUGUCAGCAGCCAUCUUCCUGUGUCCCCUGCUCAUCUGGUCUCCUUGUUUGAUAGAGCUGGAUGAAUUACCUGAAAAACCAAAGCUCAUUGGUCACAGAGGUGCACCGAUGCUGGCCCCAGAGAACACCAUGAUGUCAUUCAACAGGAGCGUUGCAUGCGGUGUGACAGCCUUUGAGACGGAUGUACAGCUCAGUAAAGACAGAAUUCCCUUCCUGAUGCAUGACAAUAAGUCUGAGUUCUUGUUGAGAACGACAAAUGUCAAAAAGAUGUUUCCUGAUGGACACUUCAACAACAGCGCCAACCUAACCUGGGAGGAGCUACAGAGCCUGAAUGCAGGUGAAUGGUUUAUAAAGACAGAUCCUUUCCGUUCAGUGUCCCAGCUCUCGGAAGAAGAGAAGGAGACAGCCAGGAACCAGACUAUACCCUCUUUACUUCAGCUCCUCAACCUCGCCAAGCAGCACAACAUCUCUGUGAUAUUUGAUCUGUAUAGUUCCAACCAGAAAAAUGACACAGUGGACAUAGUCAACACCAUCCUGAGUUCUGGUAUUGACUCGAGCCUGAUCCUCUGGCUUCCUCCAGCAGAAAGGCAAUAUGUGAACUCGACUGCUCCGGGUUUCAUCCAGUUCUAUGACAAUGAAGCUGAUAUGUUAAAUGAAGAAGGAAACCACCUGAAUAUGAAAUACAGCAAGUUAGGUACAGGAAAAAUCAGGGAACUUCGGAGGAGGAAUGUUACAGUGAACCUGUGGGUGGUUAAUGAGCGCUGGCUGUUUUCUCUGAUGUGGUGUGCAGGGGCCAGCUCAGUUACCACAAAUUCAUGCCACCUCCUAAAAGACACGGACUGGCCUGACUGGGUCAUGACACCGCAUACAUACAAAAUAACAUGGAUGUUAGCGGACGCCGCAUCUAUUCUGAUAAUGACUGGACUCUUUCUGUGGUUAUAUCACAGAAAAGGGUCAGAAAAACGAAGAGACAAUAUUUCAGCUUGGAACGAGAAAGAACUGUCUCCCUUCUUACCUACUAGGUAGGUUGACUGACUCCAGCAACAGACAUUUCAACUCCAAAACUGACAUGCAUCCUUGUCUGCGUCACUGGAAUGGUUUGGCUCUGAGCCAGGAGAAAAGCGAGUUGAUGUGAACUGAUGUACAAUGCAUUCUGAACUGAUGUUAUAAGAUGUGAAUCAAAUAUCAGCAUAAUGCCACUGGAUAGCAGUUUUAGGUAUUUGUUUCUGUACAAGUGUAGUUGGUUAACUAGGUUUAUCGUUUUCUUUUGCUAUUGAAAAUGUGAAGCGUUCCUCUGAUUAUAUCACUGCAGAGUGCAUCGUAGAUUCACACACAGAAUUGCCUCUUGGCAUUUUAUGUCAUCAUUGUGGGUUUUUUUUUUUCCCCUCUGUUGUUGCUAUUUCAUUGUGUUCAGAAACUUUUUUUUUUUAUCCCCAUGGUGACACCACUGCACGUAAGAUAUCUGUGUAGCAUAAUCUGAGCCAAAAGUACCAAACCUAUUUUGUACAAUGUCCUGAUAGUUCUGUAUAACCCUGUAGGUCUACUGUAUGAACUGCCAUUGUGGAUUUUUGAUAUUAUAAUCUUCAUAAACAGU